AUGUUUGAAAAAAAACCAGAUGAACCAUCAACACCUGCCAUUUUCUCUGUUGAAGUCGAAAGGAAUACAAGUACGGAAAUCGAACUAGAAGACCAUGGAGUAUCACUGUUUAUUCCUCCGGAGGCUGUUCAUCAUAAUGACCCGUGCAAGAUCACCCUGACCCUCCUAAGGGAUCCUCCUAGUGUUGACAUCCAAGAUGAUGAAUCAAUGGCCUGCUAUGGGAUCAGAUGUGAUCCUCCAAACAUGACCUUCCACCAACCUCUUAAGAUCAGGAUACCACACUCUACCUUGGCCAUCAAUCCUGAUCAAGUGAAACCAGACAUCGUUUCUCAUGUAUGGGAUUCAGUGAACGAUCUACCAAGAACAUCAAGAAUGAGAUCAUCCAGCUCACCAGCCGAACCACCAUACUGCAGAUUGUACAAGAGACAUCUUGAGCUGUACAUUGGUCACUGUGCAGAGUGGUGGGUUCUUAUUCCUCUUGAACAGCAGGUGAUCCGACACCAACUUAUGUGCACUCCAUACAUCCCAGAAACCGUAGAAAGAGGCAAAGAGAUUGAAGUUCAUCUCCAUGUGCAUGCCGAUGUUCCUGGCAUUGAUGCGGAAGUUCUACAGGAGGAGAAGCUUCAGUCGUACCGCAAGGCCCAUCGAUCGGUCCCAUUUAGCAUCAUAUCUCAUUCAGGUGACGUUACAGUGGCACGUGAUUGUAAGGGGAAGACGGCAGAAACUAAGCUUUCUCUGAAGGAAAUUCACAGCCGAAUGAGACAUAACGUAAUCUUAAAAGUGCCCCCGAGUGAGGACGAUACUCCAUUUGACGUGGUAUCCAUCUCAGUUACACAGUCUGGGAAGCAAGGGGUAUCUCGAUCAAUGGCAUUCGGCAUUAGAUACGAAGGUUUGUCUACAAUAUGUAACCCAUCCCGGUAUUGA